AUGACUGUCUUCCAGUUACGAAAAACGAUGCAUGUGCUAGAAUGCGUGCCCAACUGGUUCCAGGUGUCGGAGAUGCAAAAACCUAAGUAUGGUGACAGAAAUGAUACCGGUAAAUGGUUUGUCUUCACCAUGCCUCGAGAAUAUUAUACCGUUCUGGUUACCUUUCUCUGUUCAAUUGGCACUACCAAUGGUUUUGGUCUCGGUGUUGACUUUCAAAAAGAACAGGGCCGGGAGCAUCGUCUAUUUUUGAAAAGGAAAUCGCGCCUGGCCUCUGCGCUGUUUAUGGAGGUUCCGGUAGGAAUUCCUAUCGAUCCCGAAGGUCGGCCAUACAAAUUUCCGGCCAAAGAACAUUGUUCCAAAUGUGGCUUAUGUGAAACAAGCUACGUGGCGCGUGUGAAGGAGGCCUGCGCAUUCUUGGAACCGGGCAUGUCUCGGAUCGACACACUCGAGACGAAAGUUCACGGCCGGCGACGAAAGACGACCGACGACAAAACAAUUGUGCAGGCUGAUGAACGACGCUUUGGGGUUCAGUACCAGCCACUUCGACUCGCUCGAGGAAUCAGCAUGCCGGGUGCACAAUGGACAGGCGUGGUGUCUUCUAUUGCUAUUUCGAUGUUGGAGACCAGACAAGUCGAUGCCGUUGCCUGUGUGGCUUCCAAUGAAGAAACCUGGAGUAAUCCCAAUCCAAUACUAGCCCAAACUACCGACGAAGUUCUGAAAGGAAGAGGUGUAAAGCCGUCUCUUGCUCCUAGUCUUAACAUUCUGGACGAAGUAAAAAAUGAUCCAUCGAUAAGGCGACUCCUGUUUUGCGGAGUUGGCUGCUCCGUCCAGGCGCUUCGUUCCAUCGAAAAUGAGUUGGGUAUAGAAAUUUUCAUAUUGGGCACCAAUUGUGUUGAUAACAGCCCUUCCCCAGGAGCUGCAGCUGCAUUUAUCGAGAAGGGGGCGAAGGUCUUUUCAGAUUCGGUCCGUGGCUAUGAGUUUAUGCAGGAUUUUCGUGUUCAUGUCAAAACCGAGGAGACCUACUUGACAAUACCUUAUUUUUGUCUACCUGGCACUAUUGCUGAAUCGUCUAUUGCCAAGUCAUGCCGAUCUUGUUUCGACUAUACAAAUGCUUUGGCGGAUGUAGUGGUUGGAUACAUGGCAGCGCCACUUGAUGGAAAGUCGAGAAUGGACGAAUCUUGGCAGACUGUCACAGUCAGGAACGAACGAGGCAAUCAGAUGGUUGAGACUGCGAUUACACAAGGACGUCUAGAAGUUGGAGACAUUGUACGAGGAUCUGGCGAUCACCAACAACUUGCAAUUGCGACUACGAAAUCCGAUGCUCUUGUGCAAGCCAUGGUGGGUGGCAAAGUUCAAGAGAAUGGGAUGCCGCUAUGGCUAGGGAACAUAAUGGCAACGGUUCUCCGAAAAGUUAGUGCCAAAGGAAUCGCAUUCGCCCGGUACAGCAUUGACUACCACAUAGUGAGGAACUAUUUUCAUGUUCUGAACGAGUGGGGCGAGCAUCGCGCUCGAUCCUCAACACCGCAAUUCGCUUUGGAAAUUGUCGACGAAUACCUCGAAAUGGAUUCUACGCUAAAGGGAUAUGCCGCUAAACUUACUUCGAAACAUUGA